GUUCUCGUUCUGCGCAUCGAUGGCUUCCCCUCCAUCCUCUUUUUCAAUCGCCUCUGGUUCCCAUCUUUUAUCCGAGUCUCCUCUUUUGCAUGCAUCUUUAUCGUCGGACACUGGCCCAGGUGGUGCCGACCUCUCUCUUUCUGAGCUUUCUUUGAACGACAGACCAAGACACGGAGGACGUGUUGAAAAGCCGUUCAGGUUCAGCUUACUUGCACCCCCAGCCCAAUACGAUGAUGACUCGAUACUCUCUGAAUUUGAAGCGGGGGGUAGUCUUCAUUCUCCCACUGGCGAUGGCGAAGAACAAGAAGAUGAAGGUGUAGUGGAGCAAGAUCAUGAUACCGUGCUUGCCAGGAUGCACGAAGAGAAACUCAAGAACGACUUGAUAGUUUUGAGACACAUGAACUCUUCUUUUGCUUUGUUUAAUGAUGCGUUGCGAGCCACACAAACCGGAACUGAG